UCUUGAGUAGGAGGGAUGAAACUGUAGGAAUCCUUCACCGGUCUUCCAAACCUGUCGACCUCCUCUCACCAUCCACCCCUGCCUGGACCUGAUAAGGCAUCUAGACCUCAAGUGUAGAGGGGGUGUGGAGAAAAGUAUCCACAUCUGAAGGGAGAGAGAGUCGGAAGGAGCCACACAGAGGGAGGGAGAAAGGUCAGGGACUCUGGGGGUUUAUCGCAGUCGCGCUGCCAGAAUCCGGGAGAGCGUUUACCGAAACGUUUGGACACUUCCCCCCACCACCACCACCACUGUCUCUUACGGACUACUUUUCUGAAUACAAGAACAUGUUUGGUUGCCUCAAGAAAUAGAUUCAACGUGUCAGAAAGCAACUUCGAGGCUGAGCUUGGAGCGUGCGUAAUUUGGAGCGACUAUCAGGAUGCGCGUCUGCCCGCUGCUGCUCGUGCUCGGUCUGCUGUGCGCUGGACGCGCGCAGCGGUUCUCCGCUCUCACGUUCCUGCGAGUGGACCAGGAUAAGGAGUGCAACAUGGAAUGCAGCGGCGCGCCUCGCAAGCCCCUGUGUGCCUCCGACGGCCGGACCUUCACAUCUCGCUGCGAGUUCCUCCGAGCCAAGUGCCGCGACCCCCAGCUGGAGGUGAUCCGAGGGCCAUGCAAAGAUACGUCCAGAUGUGUGGCAGAGAAGAAGUACACAGAGCAGCAGGCCAAGAAGCUCUUCCCGCAGGUCUUCGUGCCGGUUUGCAACCCUGACGGCACGUACAGCGAGAUUCAGUGCCACAGCUACACUGGAUACUGUUGGUGCGUCACCCCGAACGGUCGACCAAUCAGCGGCUCUGCUGUGGCCAAUAAAAAACCAAGAUGCCAAGGAUCCAAACAAGAGAGAGCGACGACACGAGAGCCAGGAAAAGCAGAUGAGACCGGUCUAAUGGUGGAUCCACAGCCCGCAGCAGACGAGGAAGAUAUCAUUUCCCAGUACCCGACUCUGUGGACGGAGCAGGUCCGGAGUAGGCAGAACAACAGAACCAGAGCACCAUCCUCAUCCUGUGACCAGGAGCAGCAGUCGGCUCAGGAAGAGGCCAGGCAACACAAGAAUGAUGCAGUCUUUGUACCAGACUGUGCUCAAGGGGGUCUCUACAAACCGGUGCAGUGCCACCCCUCCACCGGGUACUGCUGGUGUGUAUUGGUGGACACCGGUCGGCCCAUACCUGGGACCUCCACCCGGUACGAGCAGCCCAAGUGCGACGGCAACGCCAGAGCCCACCCGACCAAACCCAAGGACCAUUACCGAAGCAGACACCUCCAAGGCUGUCCCGGGGCAAAGAAAACAGAGUUUCUGACAAGUGUUCUUGACGCCCUGUCGACAGACAUGGUGCACGCAGUUACAGAUCCAGCAUCCGCCGGAAGGGUGGCGGAGCCUGACCCGAACCACACACUGGAGGAGAGGGUGGUCCACUGGUAUUUCAGCCAGCUGGACAAAAACUCCAGUGGGGACAUCGGGAAGAAAGAGAUAAAGCCAUUCAAGCGCUUCCUGCGCAAGAAAUCCAAGCCAAAAAAGUGUGUGAAGAAGUUUGUGGAGUACUGCGACAUCAGCAACGACAAAGCCCUGUCUCUGCAGGAACUGAUGGGCUGCCUGGGGGUGACCAAGGAGGAGGGUGCCAAAACAGGAGAUGGAUUACCUUCCACUAAACUAAAUCCUUCGAAGAAGCAAGGCUAACGCAUCAACUGAGAGAUCCUUCCUCUGCCCGGAGAUUCCGCCCUCACCAACUGGCAACAAUGGAAACCAUAGUAUUUGCACUUUGUACUUUAAAAAAAAAUGUAAAUUCACUUUGUAGAAAUGAGGUAUUUAAACAGACUGCUGAAUCUGUGAAUGGUGUCGUUAGCAAACAGAAAUUAUAACACAUACAAUGUAUGUGUCCUUUUUGUGUCUAAAAAUGUUCAAAGUUGUAUAAGUUUGUGUUCAGUUUUGUUUUUGCUCUUCCCGAGGCGAACGUACUUCAGCUGUCUAUGAUGAUGAUAAUGAUGAUGAUGAAGCAGAUACUUUGCGAAACAAACGUAGAACAUUCCAUUUCCUUGCAUCUUUCCCUGUGCUCUGUACGGCAAGAAUGUUUAAACGUGCGUCGUGGAAAUCGUCCUACAAUGUAUUCAUUUAGAAAUAAAGAAC